CCCCGCUCCGCUCGCGGCCGCCGGCUCCCUCGGGCAGCAGGGGGAUGCGCGCCUGCGCUGGCCCUAGCCUUGGAGCAGCCAUGAUGGAAGGCCUGGACGACGGCCCGGACUUCCUCUCAGAAGAGGACCGCGGACUUAAAGCAAUAAAUGUAGAUCUUCAAAGUGAUGCUGCACUGCAGGUGGACAUUUCUGAUGCUCUUAGUGAGCGGGAUAAAGUAAAAUUCACUGUUCACACAAAGAGUUCACUGCCAAAUUUUAAACAAAACGAGUUUUCAGUUGUUCGGCAACAUGAGGAAUUUAUCUGGCUUCAUGAUUCCUUUGUUGAAAAUGAAGACUAUGCAGGUUAUAUCAUUCCACCAGCACCACCAAGACCUGACUUUGAUGCUUCAAGGGAAAAACUACAGAAGCUUGGUGAAGGAGAAGGGUCGAUGACGAAGGAGGAAUUCACAAAGAUGAAACAGGAACUGGAAGCUGAAUAUUUGGCAAUAUUCAAGAAGACAGUUGCGAUGCAUGAAGUGUUCCUGUGUCGUGUGGCAGCACAUCCUAUUUUGAGAAAAGAUUUAAAUUUCCAUGUCUUCUUGGAAUAUAAUCAAGAUUUGAGUGUGCGAGGAAAAAAUAAAAAAGAGAAACUUGAAGAUUUCUUUAAAAACAUGGUUAAAUCAGCAGACGGAGUAAUCGUUUCAGGAGUAAAGGAUGUAGAUGAUUUCUUUGAGCAUGAACGAACAUUUCUUUUGGAAUAUCAUAACCGAGUUAAGGAUGCAUCUGCUAAAUCUGAUAGAAUGACAAGAUCCCACAAAAGUGCUGCAGAUGAUUACAAUAGAAUUGGUUCUUCAUUAUAUGCUUUAGGAACUCAGGAUUCUACAGAUAUAUGCAAGUUUUUUCUCAAAGUUUCAGAACUGUUCGAUAAAACAAGAAAAAUAGAAGCACGAGUGUCUGCUGAUGAAGACCUCAAACUUUCUGAUCUUUUAAAAUAUUACUUAAGGGAAUCUCAAGCUGCUAAGGAUCUCCUGUAUCGAAGGUCUAGGUCACUAGUGGAUUAUGAAAAUGCUAAUAAAGCACUGGAUAAAGCAAGAGCAAAAAAUAAAGAUGUUCUGCAGGCCGAAACUUCCCAACAAUUAUGUUGUCAGAAAUUUGAAAAAAUCUCUGAGUCUGCAAAACAAGAACUUAUAGAUUUUAAGACAAGAAGAGUUGCUGCAUUCAGAAAAAAUUUAGUGGAACUGGCAGAGUUAGAACUGAAGCAUGCAAAGGGUAACCUACAGUUGCUGCAGAACUGCCUGGCAGUGUUAAAUGGAGACACAUAAGCCACACUCUGCCUUCCUGUUAAAAAGGGCUGCCUUCCUUCAAAUUUUAUUUUUGUUUUCUUAAUGAUGUUAAGCAUUUAUGCUUACUGGAAACCAACAGAAAACAGCUGAAAAAGUGCAUCUACUCCUCUUUUUCUGAGAAACAUUGAGCCGCGCACACCCAGGCGAUGCCAGUCUGUGUGCUGUGAUGCUGCACUGUGUUCCCCACAACAGUGGUCCAUCAUCGUGCACUCGUCAUACUCAGAAGUCCAAAGUUCAUUCUUCUUUAAAGUAGCCUCUAUAACUCUGUUUAUUUUAUAAAUAGUAUUCCUUAUGGCUGCCAAUCUUAUUUACCUUUAAAUAAUUUCUGAAGUUUAACCUUUUCAGAAUGCAUUGUUCAAACAAGAUAAAGAUUGCCUUUUUUGAAUUUUUUUUUAUUUUGUUUUUAAAAAGCAUUAUAUACCAUCUUAGCUCAUUCAUGUAUCCUGGUAAAGCAUCUUAAUCAGACUUAUUUUUAAUUACUGAAUAUUUCUUAGAAGUUUUGGGAAAGAUUUUAUGUAAUCUUUAUAAGUAUGAUUUCUGAAGAAAAGCAAAUGCAUUAGUAUGUUUGCCUUAAACUUGUAGACUAAACCAAUUAUUGUAAAAUAAACAGCGAUAACAGUGAUAGUUUUUAACUCUGUGGUAAUUGUAUCACUCUGGAAAAUGUGGAGUAGCUGUAAUAAAUCUACUCCUAUAAUAAUGCUUUACA